AGUGCCGGACCGUGGCUCGCUAGAAAAACACACCACCGACGGUUUCGGACCCGAUGGGUUCCUCUGCUCGUGCUCGCCACCUCUUCUUUCUCGCCGCCUUGGUGGCCGUCGCGGCGCCUCGCUCGGCGGACGCGUGGGGCGGUGGCCGCUUCUUCUUCAGCAAGACCACGCGUGCCGAAGCCACUGCUGAGCCCGACAAGAAGGCCGCCGGCGGGGACACCGUUGCCGCGCCGGCGUUCUCGCGCCCCUCGACCGCCGGCAGCGGCGGCCGCGGGUACGGGCUCUACGGCCGCCUCGAGGAGAAGUACCCGGCGGACUACUUCCGCCGUGGCGUGCACCGCAACACCGAGAAGCUGACGACGACGACCGGCGGCGAGCGCGUCCGGACGACGUUCCCCGAAGACAGCGGCAGGGGUCGGCCGCCCACCGACGUGCCGGGCGCCACCGAGGAAGAGGGGGGAGGCGCCGGAGGAGACCUCGAGGGCGUCCGGCCGUACCCGGAAAACGGCAGCGGCAGGGGCCGCCCGCCGUGGUACUACACGGCCUUCCACCGCGGCAGGCAGCAGGAGCAGGAGCAGCGGGACUUCGGGAUGAGCGACACGAGGCUGUACCAGAACGGCCGCUACUACUACGACGUGGACGCCGGCAGGUACGGCUACGGCCGCGAGUCGAACCCCAUGCGGACGCGCCCCGACGAGGGAGAGUUCGGCUCCGGGUACGGCCGACCCCGCGGCCCCGCCGGUGGCAGGCGCGGCAGUAGCUACGGCGACGCGGCGGGUUACCAGCAGCGGUACGGCAACGACGAGGAGUUCGGGGACGGAGCCAUGGAUCAGAACACGAACGGCGCCUUCCAGGAGGAAGCAGGCCAAAACGGACGACGAUACACUCCAUGAGCUUGCAUCGUGUGUCAUGCGUCAGAGAUACACUCAGUCGUCGUCGUGUGUUGCUAGCGUGGUUACUAUCGUGUGCUCCAUCUCCGAGUAAUCUCCCAUGGGUCGAUGCGAUUGAGUACUUGUAACUUAAUCGUGGGCAGAACCAGCUGCCUGCCUGGUUUCGCGGACGUCUACGCGCACCACUGGUGACACAAGCAAUGAGUGAAUAAGGUGUGUGUGUGACUGUGUGUGUA